GUUGGGACUUCCAUCCCGUUGUACCAAAUCCUACCAGUAGUAAGCCAGCAAAACUGCAAGCGAGCCUUGCGUGAAGAGAACCUGGUAGAGUGUGCCACGCAUGCUUACUUCCUAAUGCAGUUGCUGAGCGCAAGGCUGAGGCCGAUGGCUUGCAACCUCACCCCGCCACAGCUGAAGGGAUGAUCUUCAUGAAAAGAUCUCUUCGAUGCAAAAGUGUCUUCCACUCCUCCCAGUGCCGAAUAUCGUUGCAGUGUCCUGACAAUAACGCGCAUUUAGGCCUGCAGUGAACAUGGCAAAGGUUCAUCGCCUCGGCUUCUCAAGGCUGAGUCCUAGUACACAGAGCGAUGAGGACAUCGUAUUCAUUCAUGGCCUCCUAGGUCACCCUCAAGGGACCUGGGAAAUGGCGGCGGGUGCGAGUCACGGCAGCAGCGACGAGACGAAAAAGCCUAAAGGACUUAGGUCUUUCUUCAAAUCACGGAAAGAUCGAUCCUCCACAACAGACACAGGGAAAGCUGCAGGCCCCGCCUCUAGCGUUGGGUUGUCGCGACCGCUGCCUACCGUCUUCUGGCCUAAAGAAUAUCUCGCCGUAGAUAUCCCAGAGGCCCGCGUGUGGACAUACGGAUACAAUGCAGACGUUAUUGGAGAUCUUUUCCAGGCCAACAACAAAAAUAGCAUCUCCCAGCAUGGCCGGGAUCUAUCGGUGCAUCUUGAGCGGGAGAUCGAUAACGGAAAACCACUCGUGUUUAUAGCGUACAGUCUGGGUGGCAUCGUCCUGAAAGAUGCUAUCCGCCGGUCAGAGCUGGCCCGCAACCAGACAAAGCUUAUCGUAUUCCUAGGGACGCCACACCGGGGCAGUGCGUACGCAGGCUGGGGCGAGGUCAUUUUCAACCUUUCGAGCCUGGCCCUUCAAGAUUCGAAUAAGAAAAUCAUCAAGAGGCUUGAACACAACGACGAGGUCUUGGAUAACAUCCACGAAGAGUUUAAGACUAUUGUGUUUGGUGGCACUAUGAAAAUUCAUUCUUUUCAGGAGGCACAGGGCAUCACAGGUAUGAAGGGCGCAAGCGCGAAGGUGGUGGAUGACUUUUCGUCCAAACUCGAUCUCCCACUAGCGCUGGAGAUAGUCGAAAGCAUUGACGCGAACCACAUACAAAUGGUUAGAUACAGCAGCAGAGAUGAUCUAGGCUAUCGUGCUAUCUUUGGUGUGUUGAAG